UGAGAGUAUCCCUUUAACUUUCUUAAAGCGCGGCUUUAGCGUAAGAACGUCAUUACAUGAGACCGAGGGGUGGAACGCAACGUGCGUAUCCUUGUGCGUCUGUACUUACGUUCAGUGAAGCUUGUUGCGGGUUAAAUCAAAGAUGUCUGGAAUCCCACAUGAUACAUGGCAGCCGCCGCACGUGUUAGUAGAGACAAGCAUGGGUACGAUUACUGUGGAGCUGUAUUGGCUGCACGCUCCUGUGACAUGUAAAAACUUCGCAGAGCUUGCUCGGAGAGGGUAUUAUAAUGGAACGAAAUUCCACCGGCUUAUCAAAGACUUUAUGGCACAGGGAGGAGACCCAACUGGAACAGGAGCAGGCAUUCUAGCAAUGGCAAAUGCUGGUCCAGACAGCAAUGGGAGCCAAUUUUUCCUAACUCUGGCACCUACACCGUGGCUGGAUGGAAAACACAGCAUUUUUGGACGUGUGAGUCAUGGUCUGGGGACACUAAACAGACUUGGAAUGGUGGAAACAGAUUCUCAGGACCGACCACUUGAUGAAGUUCAAGUAUUGCGGGCUUAUCCAUCUGGCUAAAUGGAGGCAGAUAAAAUAAGUAUUUUCUAAAGUGAUAGAAUAUGGGUAUACAUUUUGUAAUCUCGAAACUUGAAAUGUGCCAACAUUUUAACUGACAACCAGUCAGUUUUGUUCCAACACAAUUUGUUUUUCUAUGUGUAAAAUGUAUUUAGCUGAAAGCCACAGUUUUUAAGCCAUUAUGGAUUUACUUGUGUUUUUGAUGUAUACAUGUCCAUCUAGUGUCCAAAUAUUGACCAAGCCUGCCUAACUUUUAGAGGAAGACAGUAACAUGGAAUAAAGGCAGGAUGCUUCUACAAUUACUUGGAGAUUUUGUAUCUACUAAACCUCAUGACCUUCGUGCAUUCCAGAUAUUUUGCAUGCACAGGUAGGGGGAUUUAUUAUCUGGAAACAAAUUUGAGGCAAGUUCUGAAACCUUCCAAACAGUACAUAAUGGUAAAACAGAACCUUUUACUUGACAUUGAUUAAGAUAGUGUAGAUUCGUGUUGGUGACAAAACAACCCCUAUUUUAGUAGUCUUAAGAAAUAUGGGUCCAAAUUACAAACACAUUUUCUGGAACUCAAGGUUCCAAGAAUUCCAGAUAAUAGAUACAAUAUAAUGAAGAUAAUAUGUGUAGCUGCUGACAUAUGCAGAGUACUUAUAGUGGCUAAAAGCAUCUAAUAAAAAUAUGCAGCAAUGAAAAAAAAA